UCAUCGAAUCGAUGGGCCCACAAAGGUGCAGCCCAAGGCAUGGAUGUGUGUGUGGAUGACGAACAAACAAAUACCAGCACGCAGCCCUCGCCAUCCGCGACAACAAGACCUCUCUCCCCUCUCCACACACGCACACCGGCAGACAGACAGACAGACAGACAGCCGGACAGACAGAGGCACACAAACCAGCCGGAUAGACCGAGAUGCCACACACCACACACAACCAGCCAGCUCAAUUCAGCUCUCAACCACCACCGCCAACACGCCAGAGUAGUGAACGCACACGUACUAGACGAGAGGAGAGAAGGGUAAAAAGAGUAGGACACAAAGGGAGGUCUCACCGACAGAGAGACAGACAAGGCAGACAGACAGACAGACAGCUGUAUUCAAGCAAAAAUAAGCACCCACACCUACACCUACAUCCAGGUCUGACUUCCACAAAAGCCUGACUACAGACCGGCUGCUCAGUUUGCAGAGUCGUCGGGUCCUCCUUUCAGCUGCCCGUCUCUGCGAGCCCUGCCAUAGCGAUCGGCCUCGCGCAUCGCCUGUGGGCCCAUGCAACAAGACCACACACCACACACCACACACAAAGAUGGGAGCCCGUCCAUCUGCCCGUCAUUCUGUCAGUCUGUCUGUCUGUCUGUCUGUCCCCACACACACAUCCACACAAACGCACCUUGACGAUAGCGUCUGCGUCGAUGUGGGUGUGUGGCUCGUUGAGCAUGGGCGAGGAGGGCUCCAGGCACCGACUGGCCACCACCAACAACUCCUCCUCAGUCACCUCACCCAGGCCAAUAUCACCUGAAUGUGUGCAGCACGGUGAAGGAGAGAGAGGGAGCGACAGACAGCCUUGAAGGCAUAUCGUGCCUGCCAUCGGUGCGCUUGUGUGUGUGCUCACCGAGCACAGUAGGCAGUCCCACAGCCUCACAGAAGGAGUAGAUCUCCUCGACGGUCUUCUUGUCCUUGUGUGUGAGGAACAGCGAAGCCAGCAGGCCGAUGGUGACCUUCUCACCGUGCACAUACGAGUGCGCCUCCGGCAGCAGUGUCAGUCCGUCGUGGAUGGCGUGGGCCGCCGCGCAGCCGCAGCAUUCGAAGCCCAAGCCACUCAGCAGGGUAUUGGCCUCGAUGAUCCGCUCCAAGGCGUAGUUGACACUCUGCGACUCCACCGCACUCUUGGCCUCACUGAAUGAAUGAAGCACGCACACACCACCCCUCAGCCAUCAACACAAACAAACGUAUGUAUGUGUGUGCGUUGGUGCAGGGUGUGGUGGGGUGUUGGACAGACACUUACAUGCCAUACUCGAGGACGGUCUCAUAGCAGAGGCGGGCGAGUGAAUACGCGGCCCAGCUGCCCGGCCGGCCCGAGUUGGUAGCGUUGGGCGCCUGCUUCGCCCGGCAGCUCUCCGCCUCAAACCACCUACACACAUCAAUGACACAUGGAUGGAUGGAUGGAUGCCUUCCUGCCUCCACCACUGGGGUGUGUGUGUGGUGCGUACGUUGCGAGUGCAUCGCCCAUGCCGGCGACGAUCAUGCGCACGGGUGACCUCGACACGACUCUGCUGUCCACGACCACCACAUCUGCCAGACAGCCGGCAAACAGGCGGCCACUCAUUUGGUGGUUUUGUGUGUCUGUUGUGUCCACAUGGCAGACAGACAUACCGGGGCUCUUCCGAUGGAACUGCACGCGCUUGAAUGUGCCGUCGUUUGUGUAGACGACGGAGAGCCCGCUGCAGGGGGCGUCCGUGCUGGCCAUCGUCGGGCACUGACCAAGGAAGGGACCAAGGAAUCAACUCCCACGCACCAAUGGAUGCUCUUGUGUCUAUGUUAUGUGUGGCGCACUCACGAUAAUGCACGGCAGGCCCAUCUUGUCAGCCACACACUUGACCGUAUCCUGACCACACACACACAGACACAGACAAAGACACAGAUCGAGGACUGACAAACCAUCACAAAUCCGUCGGUUUGCAUGAGAGCACGUCAAGCUUACACAUACCAGGGCUUUGCCGCCUCCCAUGGCCAAGAGGACGUCGGGUUGAAACUCCCUGGCCAGGCCCAUCACCCGAGCAAUCUCAUCAUCGCUGCACUCGCCCCGAUGCGCAACGGCAUCAAACUCAUCCAGGCUGCUCGUCAGAGGUCCCUCUAUCGACGGCAGAAUCGCCUUGUAUGAGUAUGGGCACAGAAGCGCCUGCAGGCAAGAAGGGAGUGCCGUUGCGUGAUGGGCAUUUGUGAAAUUCAAUGUACAUAGAAGAACGAAGGGCUGCCUUUGUUUCUCCUCACCAUGGAUCUUGGCCCGAACCGCUUGAUCUCCUCAGGAAGGGUCGUGGUGAAGGCCUGCAUUCAUGCGCAAUGCACACACAUACACACAUACACACAUACAUCUGUCCCUUCAAGAUUGUUCUUGCCUACAUCAGGCCCCUGGAUGUAUCGGCCUGGAAAGAUAUUGGUUAUGAUCUGGGCCAUCG